AUGACUACGUUUGACGGGGCGGCAGUGACACUCAGCGUCCUGGAGAGAACCAGUGGUACAGUUCCUGAUAUCACAAGUACAACAGUCACUACCUAUGUCCAGGCGCAGGUGGACAUUUCUGUCAGCCAGAUAGUUCUCAUCGUGUUCGCUCUUGUGAUGUCCCUGUUCAUCAUCUUCGUCAACAGUGCCACAAUCCUGGUGGUGAGACGAACCCGGAGCCUCCAUACAUUGUCCAACAUGUAUGUAGUGUCUCUGGCAGCCACAGACGUUGUUGUAGGUGUGGGUUUGAUACCUUUAUCUAUGUUCUAUGUUCCAUCCAUCAGGAAUCGGUACUACGAUAGAAACAUGAAGUUAUGCUUGCUAGUGCUGGGCACAAACUUGGGCAUGGCGGUUGUGUCGACUAUUCACAUGGUCUUUAUAGCGAUAGACCGAUAUCUGUACAUUAUAAGACCUUACCUCUACGAGACAGUGGUCAGUAGAAAAGUUGUUUACAUUAUCAUUGCCAGCACCUGGUCAUUUGGGCUGUUCUACGCCCUACUACCUCAGGCAAUUCAUGACCAAGCCAGGAACACUACUAGCUGUGACAUCACAAUAGUUAUGCCCGUAGGCUACAUGUUUUACGCUAAUGUAUCCAUUUACACAACCAGUGUCGCCAUCGACGUGGCCAUGUAUUCACAAAUCUUACUGACGGCCUACAGACACAGGAGAGUGAUCCAGUCUAAAACUAUUGUUGUCCAACCUCCCCGUUCAAGUCAUGUAUUUACUACAAGUCUGUGCCAGAGAGAGGACACAGGGUUAUUUCAUGCGAAACUACAGUCAGAGCUUCGCCAGGAGGCCAGUCAGCAAGAGGAAGCUUCAAAUACACGGCCACAAAUCGUCAGUUCGUCUCUCGCCUGGAAGAAGCCAACUGAUCGUUUCAAAAGUGUGAAGUUCUUCAUGACAGUUUUUGGCGUCUACUUCAUCUGUUUGACCCCCACUGUGGUGUGUAUGGGCGUUGACUACUACUGGCCGCUACCACGUUUUCUCUACAACAUGUUCAACCUGCUAGGCUUGCUCAAUUCUGGCAUGAACUUUAUUAUCUAUUUUGCAUUAAACGCCAGAUUUAGAUAUGCCGUCCUCAAGCUGUUUCGAUAUCCCGGAGUCCAGAAUUUGGCGGAUACUUCUGAUGCGUCUUUCUUAGACAAUUAA